AUGGACGACAAGUUGGGUCUUGCCGCCGUCGGGUUGGGCUUCAUGGGCUGGUUCUGUGCUGUGCUGACCCGCUUCCUCUCCAUGUGGACGGUGAGCGGCUCUGUUAACAACAACACGGACACUGUAGCGCUGCAUUGGGACGGCGUGUGGAUCCACUGGGAACAGCAAGGAGACGGCUCGCUACAUUGUCACUUCAUCCAGUCGGUGCUACAUCUGUCCGGGAGCUUCCGAUCCUGGAGGGCUCUCAUCACUGCCUCGAUCUGCAUCGGAUUUGUAGCAAAUGUACUAUACGUCGUCGGGCGACUAAAGUUCCCCAGGCGCAUGCAGGUGAAGGUGGUCUCCGGUGUUUUGUUCGUGGUGUCAGGCUUGUUGUUGCUGGUGGUGGCGUCCUGGGUGUCCCACCGCAGCUCUAAGCCGCUGGACAGUGUGAUUCCACUUAAACGUGAGUUGGGGGCGGCACUCUACACGGGCUGGAUUGGGACGGUACUGCUGGUGGUGGGGGGAGGAACUCUGGUCAGUGCGUGCUGUCUGUCGCCCCCGCCAGAGAUUUAUCGCACACCGGUGUCACGGAGCGCACCAGAAGCGGUGGACCCUCUCAACACCAUCCACAGUGCAACUUUCAGACAAGACGAUUCGCCCUAUUACCCAACUACAAGACCAUUCUGAAAAGAAUUUUAACGCGAUCAGAUGUUCUACGAUACACUUAUAUGGACACUGUUUUGGAGAAAUGCAUUGACUUAAUUUGAUUAUAACGGUUUAUAACGGACAAUAUGCAACAAUGUUAGCAUUUCUACAAGGCAAUGCCUUACAAGUUUUGUUUUUGUUGUCUAGCACUAAGCUAUAAUUAUUAUUUAUGUAAUGUUGGUGUUUUUUUUAUCCUGUUUGUGCUAAUGAGGUGAGGAUGGUGACCACUUCAUUAGAUUAACAAGUCAUGAGGUCAUACAUUGUCCGAUUAUUUUGUUCUCCUCUCGGCUUUAUCUGACUUAUCAUGUGAAUGUAUGUCCUGUCGCAGUUAUGUGGCACAUGUUGAAAGAAGGCCAAUAAACAGUGCCACUUAGCCUACUGGUCCUGAAACAGC